AUGGCGGAAGAAAAAUCCAAGAAGAGUUUUGUUCUGGCGGACAGUGACGACGAUGAGUACGCAAGUGAGAAAGAUUCAGAGCAGACAGAAUUGAGUUCGAUUCUAGACAAACUUAGUUUAGGACCAGAGAAAAAGAAGAAGAAACUCUUGAUCUUAAGUCCAAAUGGUCUACUUCUAUACCGAGUCCAUAUGCAAAAUUUGCGUAGAAAGCCAGAGAACCGAUCUCCAGAUGCAACUUGUGGGCCAAAUCUUGUGUAUAAGAGGCCAUUUGCUGGAGAGUUCAUGAAGUUUUGCCUUGAGAGAUUCGAAGUUGGGAUUUGGUCAUCUGCUAACGAGAGUAAUGUCGAUAUAAUCCUUAACAUUGUUCUUGAAGAUCUGAAAAAUAAGCUAUUGUUUGUGUGGGAUCAAAAACAGAGUACUAAUAUUGGACUCAAGACACUAGAGAACAGUGAUAAGCCAAUGUUCUUCAAGGAUCUUUCUAAAGUGUUCCAAAAGUUCAAAGAGUUCUCUGCUUCAAACACUUUUCUCAUUGAUAAUGAGCCCUACAAAGCUCUUAUUAAUCCUGACAAUACAGGAGUGUUUCCAUUGCCUUAUGAUCCUACAGACAAAAAUGAUGAUUUUCUUGAUCCAGAAGGAGAGUUCUGCUCUUAUUUGGAUGAUCUGGCAAAUGCAUCAGACGUGCAAGCUUAUAUUAAAGAGAACUCUUUCGGACAACCCAAGAUUGAUUCUUCUCAUCCUGAUUGGUCCUUCUACUGCAAGGUCUCAAAGAUUGUCUCCGUUCUAGCAUGA